AUGGACAACCAAGGCAACCGCCUGUAUCUCAAUUUUGGGAACAGCAACAACGACAGGCUCGCCGCCAACGACCGCGCUGCCUAUCCCACGACGCCCUCGACCUUCCCUCAGCCCGUCUUCCCCAGCAAUUCACGAGACCAGCAGUCUCAGUCCGCCACCAGUGCCUCGUUGCAGCCCUCGCAGCAGGGACAGCAGUACCCCGCCGGUUACGCACCCCAGGGCUACUUCAACAACCAGUACUCGUCACAGCAGCAUGGCCAGCCCGCCAUCGCUUCGAGCAGGGGCGACUAUGGUAGCAGCGGAGCCCAGGCUGGCAAUGCCAACUACCAGCAGCGCCCUGGCGCCCCCGGCACUGCCAACAACGACCCCAAUACUGGUCUGGCUCACCAGUUCUCCCACCAGAACCUCGGCGGUGCUGCCCGCGCCUCUCCCUACGGCAGUCGAGGGCCUUCUCCCGCCCAGCGCCCACGAACCGCUGGCGAUACCCGUCAGCAGGCCGCCGGCUACGGUAGCUACCUGAACGCCCCCAUGCCAAACCAGUCUUCGCAGACGCCCGUCUUUGAGUUCGCCGCCGCUCCUGAGCGCAACCCCGACCGCUACGGCCCCAAUGCCAACAACAACCAGAAGAAGUGUUCCCAGCUGGCCGCCGACUUCUUCAAGGACAGCGUCAAGCGUGCCAGAGAGCGAAACCAGAGGCAGAGCGAGAUGGAACAGAAGCUGGCUGAGCCCAACCAGACGGCCAGCCGGAAGGAGCAGAUCUGGUCUACGGGUGGCCGUCGCGAGGGAUCCUACCUGCGCUUCCUGCGAACCAAGGACAAGCCCGAGAACUACACUACUGUCAAGAUCAUCGGCAAGGGCGCUUUCGGCGAGGUCAAGCUGGUGCAGAAGAAGGCCGACAACAAGGUCUACGCCAUGAAGUCGCUCAUCAAGACCGAGAUGUUCAAGAAGGACCAGCUGGCCCAUGUGCGCGCCGAACGAGAUAUCCUGGCCGAGUCCGACAGCCCCUGGGUCGUCAAGCUGUACACCACUUUCCAGGACGCCAACUUCCUCUACAUGCUCAUGGAGUUCCUUCCCGGUGGAGAUCUCAUGACCAUGUUGAUCAAGUACGAGAUUUUCUCCGAAGACAUAACGCGCUUCUACAUUGCAGAGAUCGUCCUGGCCAUUGAGGCUGUUCACAAGUUGGGCUUCAUCCAUCGUGACAUCAAACCAGACAAUAUCCUGCUCGACCGUGGUGGCCAUGUCAAGCUGACCGACUUCGGUCUGUCUACUGGCUUUCACAAGCUGCAUGACAAUAACUACUACCAGCAGCUGCUCCAGGGCAAGAGCAACCGGCCUCGUGAUCGCAACUCGAUAGCCAUUGACCAGAUUAACUUGACGGUCUCGAACCGAGCUCAGAUCAACGACUGGCGUCGCUCGCGUCGUCUCAUGGCCUACUCAACUGUUGGUACGCCUGACUACAUUGCCCCGGAGAUCUUCACAGGCCACGGCUACACCUUUGACUGCGACUGGUGGUCCCUCGGUACCAUCAUGUUUGAGUGUCUUGUCGGAUGGCCGCCAUUCUGUGCCGAAGACAGCCAUGACACCUACCGCAAGAUUGUCAACUGGAGGCAGAGCCUGUACUUCCCCGAUGACAUCCAGCUUGGCGUGGAAGCCGAGAACCUCAUCCGAAGCUUGAUCUGCAACACAGAGAACCGUCUGGGCCGUGGCGGUGCACACGAGAUCAAGAGCCACUCUUUCUUCCGCGGCGUCGAGUUUGACAGCCUUCGCCGCAUCCGCGCGCCCUUUGAGCCUCGCCUGACCUCCAACAUCGAUACCACCUACUUCCCCACCGAUGAGAUCGACCAGACAGACAAUGCUACUUUGCUCAAGGCACAGCAGGUUGCUGCGCAACAGGGACGUCACACCCAACCUGUGCAGGAAGAGUCACCUGAGAUGAGCCUUCCUUUCAUCGGCUACACCUUCAAGCGGUUCGACAACAACUUCAGAUGA